GAAAAUUUAAUCAAUAAAUAAAAUAUGUAAAGAAUUUGCAACUAUAAAAUGUUUAACAGAAUUUUGAAUAAAAAUAAACCAAACAAAAAGAAACCCAAUACCAAGCCUUAUCGUGAAACAUUUCUUGGUCGUAUCUUCCAAAAGAUCCUGGGCAGUGGUAUACCCAUACAAAAGGCAUUGAAUGUCGUUCUCUUGGGCUAUCUUUGUGGAAUCGUUCUAACAGUGUGUUGGUAUAAAUAUUUUUCGGGAAAUCAUGUAAACACUACCCGGUGGUGCUCUCUUAUUAUCUUGGGAUUCAUUAUCAUAUUUUUAUCCUACAGCAAGGACGUACGGUGCAUUGCAUCCCUCUCCAUUCCAAUUCUGUGCAGUUCCAAAGGUCGUUCCCUAAUAAUAGCGGUGGCAUUUUUUAUUGCCGCCACAGGACCCACUGUGAAUUUGUUUCGUAAUAUUGAUGUUAUGGUCUCAAGUUUGAGUUGUGGCCAGAUGCAAUUGAAGCAUGCACUGGGAGAAAUGUUGGAUACGCUGAAGAAACCGUUGAUUGCCAUUAAGGAUGCCAUACACAAUGCCGUCAAUGAUUUAAGGAAAGUCCUGCGAAAGGUCCAACAAGUUUUGCAGACAAUUCAGGCUUUGAUUGUGGUAAUAUUGGCCACAAUGAAAAAUGCAUUUGCAUGGCUAAGGAACAUUGUGCGGAUGUGCAAUAAAGAAUUUGGUACUCCGUAUGAACGUUGCAUGAAAAUUGCCCAGAAUGCAAUAGAGGAUUGUCAAAAGAAAUUGGGUCCCAUGAGGGCAUUGUGUCAAGUCACCCAGCUUUUUGCCAUGCUAUGUUAUGCCACCAAGGUUGUGGAUGUCAUUUGUGUAUUGGUGGUGUUUGUCAAUGAAUCGAUUAUAGCGACCGUUAUGGAAAAGCUACAACAAUUUACUGCAGAAGUUAAAAAACUCUUCGAUGUCUCCAUAACCUUCGAUCAUGAUUUCUAUUUCAAAACCACCACUUCCAGGGAAUUGGAUGACAUUAAAAGGGAUAUAAUGUCGGAUAUACACAAUCGAAUGAAAACAUUUGUCUUGAUAUUCGGUUGGUUGGAUGUGGUCAGUUUAUUUAUGUUUGCUGUGAUUAUAUUCAAGGCUAUAUAUUUUCGCUUGAAAUAUUUACACAAUCCUGGCUAUCAAAAUUCGUAUAUAUCCAAGGAAUUUGUUGAAAUAGAUGAAAACCGUAGAAAUAUGAAUAUGGAAACGGCGUUGCCUCUGACUUUCAUGGAGAAAAUGAAAUAUCCUUGGUUAACUGACUGCAGGCUUACGCGUCAAGAAUGGCUGGCUCUGUCCAGAUCGGGUAUAUUUUUGGCAAUUUCAAGUAUACAGUUGUUCUGCAUAUGCUUUGCCGAUUACAGUCUCUUUUGGAUAUUGGCAAUGAUAUCUUAUUAUGGCCAUAAAGAAAGGGGUUUUACAAUUCCCCCUUACAUAACCGUAGAAAUCGAUGGCGGUGGUUUCGUUGGCGAGAUAUUUGGUGGGAUAGUUCAUGCAUUUGAACCAAUAUCGCAAAAUUACACCAUAGACCCACAUACAUGCUUACCACUGCCGCGGCGCCCUAGUUAUGCCCAUUAUUAUUUAAUUGCUAGCCUAAUUUUAUUUGGUUGGAUAUUUCUGUUUUGUCAACCCUAUGGUUUACGUCUAAGGCACAUUGUAAUGCGUCUUUAUUAUCCGGAGGUGGCAAGGCAACGAGCUAUAUGGCUAUAUAAUCGAAUUCUGCUAAAAAGAAUAAGUUUCUUUAAAUUGGCCCGGCGCAAAGCGAGAAUAGCCUUUACGAAAAAUAAAACUGGCGAUAAUUUUUCUUUCCUAGAUUGGUUGAGAGCCAAAACGGAAGGAUAUUGUCUAUUUCGUCUUAUAUUGGGUCAACGAAAAUCCGAUAAGUGUUUGCUAUGUGGCUCACCAUUAAAUAAAGAGUCCCUAGUCAAAUGCGAAACAAUUGGCUGUAAUGCGAUGUAUUGUAAAAAUUGCUUUCAAGAAUCGAAAAAUAUUUGUUGCAUUUGCCACAAGCCGGUUGAUUAUGGCGAUUUUAGUGAUUUAUCGGAGGUCGAAGAUUCUUCAGAUGAUCCAAAUGUAAUACAUUUUGAUGAAACUGACGAUGAGUGUUUAAUUAGGAAAUGGAAUGAAUAUAUUGAUUGAAUAUUGAUGUGAGUUCUUUGUACGAUAUUGUUAUGUUGUUUGCAUGUAUUUUGAAUUAGUUGAAAUUUUAUAAAA